UGAAAUGUUCGGGGACGCGAGGAUCGGCAACUACUACUGGCUCCGCGAUGACUCCCGCACCAAUCGGCCGUGGCUCCUGCUCUUCUUCUUUUUGUAGAGAGAGAGCGAGUGAGAGAGAAAACCUUAUCCUUUUAUCAGGAAAUCAAAAAAGUUAUCCACAGGAUAAUUACGAGAAAACCUUAACCUUUUAUCAGGAAAUCAAAAAAGCUAUCCACAGGAUAAUUUCAACCACAAAACACACACCCCUCAGCUCGUCUCCAGGACAAAAACAUGGCAACCUUUCACUUCACUCCAUCUUCUACCCUCACUCUGCCUCGACAAAACCACCCCACCAAACUCUCUACUGCAUUCCAACUCAACCCACGGGCUCGGCGCGCCGGCUCACGCAGGCUCCUAUCUGCUAUUGUCAGGUCAUACAAAGUGGUCAUCGAGCACCAGGGUCAGGCCACGGAGCUGGAGGUGGAACCCGACGAGACCAUUCUAUCCAAGGCACUCGAAUCUGGCCUGUCUGUGCCACACGACUGCAAGCUUGGGGUAUGCAUGACUUGCCCGGCUCGGCUUAUGAGCGGCUCGGUUGAUCAGAGCGAAGGUAUGCUCAGUGAUGAUGUGGUGGAGCGCGGGUAUGCGCUCUUAUGUGCGGCGUACCCACGUUCGGAUUGUCACUUCAGAACCAUUCCUGAGGAUGAGCUGCUGUCCUUGCAAUUAGCAACAGCUAAUGACUAAAUCUUGGAUUUGUUGAUUGAAUAUAUUUUCACCAUGUUUGUCACAAAUUGUUGAAUGGGUCAGUCUCAGUCUUUGCUUCUCACUAUAGAAUGAUUUUCUGUGCCGCUUUCCAUUAA